AUGUCAUCGUCACCCGCCGCCGACGCCGGUGGCGAAACCGCCAACAGCAUCACCACCGUCGCGACACCAUCGCCGCAGCCCGCGCUAGGAGGCGGCACCGGCGCCGAGGAAGCUCUUCGGAAGCCCUGCAAGAAUACCCAGGGCUGGCGCAAAAUUGUGCGCAACUUUACGCCGUCAUGGUUCGCCGUCAACAUGGGUACCGGCAUCGUCUCCAUCCUCGUCCACAAUCUGCCCUAUAACGCCCCGUGGCUGCAGUACAUUUCCUACGUCAUCUUCGCCCUCAACGUCGCCCUCUUCGUCACCUUUCUUGCCAUCAGCAUCGUCCGCUACGCACUCUACCCCCGGAUUUGGAGCGCCAUGAUUGAGCACCCCGGCCAGUCUCUCUUUCUCGGCUGCUUCCCCAUGGGGUUUGCCACCAUUAUCAACAUGAUGAUCUUCUCCUGCAGCCACUGGGGAAGCUGGCUCAUCCACCUAGCCUGGGCAUUUUGGUGGGUCGACGCCCUCCUCUCCAUGGCCACCUGCAUCUCCAUGCCCUUCAUCGUCAUGCACUGGCACCGGCCGGGGCUGGAAAACACCACGGCCGCCCUGCUCCUCCCCAUUGUGCCGACCAUUGUCGCCGCCGCCACCGGCGGCAUCGUCGCCGAGGUGCUGCCCAACGCGAACCACGCCUACACCACGCUCAUCGCCUCGUACGUCCUCUGGGGCAUCGGCGAGGCCCUCUCCGCCUGCGUCCUCGCCCUCUACUUUCACCGUCUCACCGUCCACGACCUGCCCCCGCGCGACGUCAUCGUCUCCGUCUUCCUCCCCGUCGGCCCCCUCGGACAGGGCGGCUUCGGCAUCCAGCAGCUCGGCAAGGUCGCCCUCCAGCGCCUGCCCCAGACCACUGCCUUUGCCGCCGUCGGCCUCGACCCGGCCAAGGGUGCCGAGAUUCUCUACGUCCUCGGCGUCUUCCUCGCCCUCGUCAUGUGGGGGUUCGCCCUGCUCUGGGUCAGCUUCGCCCUCAUCAGCCUCGCAACGACGGCGCACUUCCCCUUCAACAUGGGCUGGUGGGGUUUCACUUUCCCCCUCGGCGUCUGGGGCACUUGUACCUCGCUCCUCGCGGCCAACCUCGACAGCCAAUUUUUCAAGGUAGCUACCAUGAUCAUCUCCCUCGCUGUUCUGCUAUUGUGGCUCAUGGUUGGCGCCCGCACUCUGCUGCUGGCUAUCCGUGGUGACAUGUUUGUCGCACCCUGUCUCAAGACGUUGCAAGAAAAGGAGGCCGCUGGAAGCCAGAGCGGGACGGAAAAGUAA